CCACAACGAACCAGGGAAAUAGUGAUUUCAAGUAUAAAGAAACAUAAUUUUUUUCAAAGAAUCUGCCUAGUAACGGAAACUGCAAUAAACUCCGUAGAGUGCAAUGGCCUGCCCGCUGUAUAAGCUAUUGCUGUUCAUCGGCCUGCUCAUACUUCAAGUGAUAGCCACCUGUAAAGCCACUCUAAUCGCUGAACAAGAUGAUCGAGUAUCCGAGUUGGGCUGGCAAGUCGUUUAUGAUCCACCUAAGCUCCGUAUGGACAUGGAGACGGUGCAAAACAUAUCCGUCCGGAUCGAUCAUAUUAAAGCGUCGGAUUUGGACGACAUCCACGUGGUGCAGCUAAGAAGCGAACACGAGCACGUGGCUUGGGCAGAAAACGGUACGAUCGUAUUGGAGACUCUCGUCGCAUCCACAUCGUACAACGGAACGUUCAACAUCGUGGCCAACUUUCUGGGGCAGACCAAUUUUUACGUUGAACUAACGCGCAAGUCCGGCACAUCCGAACGCAUCGUGUCCUCUACCCUUCCGGUAACCGUCAUCCGACCUGAGCGCGUCAUCGAUCACGUUUUUACCGGCUCGGUCAUACUGCUCAUAUCGAUCCUGUACAUCAAUUUCGGUGCGGCGCUAGACGUCGGAGCACUAAAGCAGAUUGCACGCCGUCCUAUUGGGCCCGCAAUCGGGUUUAUUUGUCAGUUUGUAUUCAUGCCGCUCCUUAGCUUUGGAUUGGGGCAUUUGCUUUUUCCGAAUAACUACGAACUGCAGCUGGGACUGUUCUUUACCGGCGUUUCGCCGGCCGGUGGUGCGUCUAACAUAUGGACCGUGGCGUUGGGAGGUAACCUAACGCUGUCCAUUGCCAUGACAACGAUCAGCACGCUGGCGGCGUUCGGUAUGAUGCCGUUAUGGUUAUUCACCCUCGGACGCACCAUUUUUGAACGCGCAAAUCUGGUCGUGCCGUACAGUCGCAUCGCCUACACGGCCAUUGGACUCAUCGUCCCCAUCAGCGCCGGAUUGCUCAUCCAACGGUACUGCCCACGAUUCAGCAAGCUGCUGGUGCGCAUUCUAAAGCCCAUGUCCGUGAUACUGAUCCUCUUCAUCGUCAUCUUUGCCAUCGUCACCAAUUUGUACCUGUUUGAGCUGUUUUCGUGGCAAAUCGUCGUCGCCGGAUUGGGAUUACCGUGGAUCGGAUACUGUUUCGGCUUUCUGGCAAGCCACUUGAUGCGUUUGCCCCUCGCCGACUCGCUCGCUAUCUCUGUGGAAACGGGCAUUCAAAAUACUGGCAUCGCUAUUUUCCUGCUCCGCUUCGCACUCGAGCAGCCGGCUGCCGAUCUAACGACGGUCAUGCCCGUAUCCAAUGCGAUUAUGACUCCGUUACCGCUGUUGUUGCUUUUGAUCGGAAUGCGCAUCCACGCACGGACGAAGCGACGAGCUGAAAAUGUACUGAUACCGAAAACCGAAUCCGAUCCAGUGGUGACACCUUCCUAGCGAACGAACGCCAGAUGCAUCAUCCCAUCCCGACACAUUCAGAGCGGCGAAUUUCCAAUGGAAACGGAAAAACUUCCACACAUUUACGGUAGCUCACAGUAGCAAGCAAGUUUUGUACAUCGAAAUACAGAAAAUAUGUUUAUU